UCUCAAAUCACUCCUUAUUUCCUUAGAAAGUGAUAGUUUUUCACUUCCAAACAAAACAUAAACCAGCCUUUCAAGUCUCAACCAUAACAUAUACACCGUACCAUAUAAACAUUAUGGCCAACUACAACAACCACAUUUUUUGUGUUAUUUUUUUCAUAGCUCUAGUGGUGCUUGCACCACAGGCUAAGGCCACGGUCACAUGCGGGACCGUGGCCACUAGCCUAACUCCAUGUUUAAAUUACCUCCAGGCCGGUGCUUCCGGCGCCGUUCCUGGAGGUUGUUGCACUGGUAUUAAGACCCUUAAUGGUGCGGCUCAGUCCACUCCUGACCGUCAGAUGGUUUGCCAAUGCCUCAAAUCAGCAGCCAAGGCUAUGCCAAAUGUCAAUGUUGGAUUGGCUUCUUCCAUUCCUCCUAAAUGUGGGGUUAACAUUCCCUACAAGCUUGAUCCCUCCACUGAUUGCUCUUCGGUUCACUAAGAGAAUGGUAAGCCAGGGAUGAUCUAGAAGUGUCUUGUUUCGUUACAAGGUAGAAACUAUCGCGAUGGAGAGAGAAUAAAGGAGGAUUUCUAAGAAUUAAUUUCCUAUUUUGGAAUAUGUAGGUGUUUUGAAAUGUUAAUUGAUGUACGAGGUUGCUUUGUUAGUAGAAGUAUCCCGGGUUAAUAUAUGUGUUAGUAGAAGUAUUUAUGAGUCUUCAACUUAUGUAAGACAGUUUAAUUUAUUGGUAUCACCUUUUGGCUUUA